AUGGAGUCCCUCAUGGCCCCUUUUCAAACGGGCAACCUCAAGCGCAUUCGCCAAGCGUGCGCAAAUUGUCGGCGUAGGAAAACAAAAUGCUCCGGGGAGCGUCCGAUCUGUUUCCACUGUCGCCGGAAUAAGCACUCCUGCAUUUACGAGCCUUACUCCGUGACCAUUGGCGAUAAUCCUCCCAGUACUCCUCCAGCACAAACCAGUGAAAAUACCCAACUACUGCAGCGUAUCUCGUUGAUUGAGUCGCGCUUGGCGGAGUUAAGCGGACAAGCCGCACAACAACCCCGAAGCCCGUCUAUAGAUGCUGAGCCUCUCAGGCAGCAGAUCUUGUCGACACAGCCUCCUGUCUCGGGCAUUCCCUUUGUUACACCCUCGCAACCCGUCCUGGACUCCAUCAUGGACACAUAUUUUCUCCAUGUGCACAACCAGCCAUACAGCAACUUCCAGGAGAUCAGCUUCCGACAAGAGCUACGGAAUGGAACCUUGCCACGAUGUUUAAUACUAGCUAUGCUGGCCUCCGCCGUCCGCUUCUCUACUCACGAGCUCUACGCAGAAAGAGCGCUAGAGACAUCAGAGGUUUAUGCUCGGGAAGCUUGGCUGUCCGUGUUGACAGAUUACUUGACAGUAGAAGAUGAUAUAGGACUAACGAAAAAUCUAGCUGGGCGCGUUAAUUCAGGGUGGUUGAAGAUCGGUCUAGCAGCGCGCAUCGCACAAGGGCUCGGCUUAAUGGGCGAGCCUGAUGCUUGGCUACCUGCUGCGGAGCAGGAGGAACGCCGACGAGCGUUCUGGUCAGUCCAGCUUCCGUGCGACGAAGUGACCCUUCGACUAGGUGAGAUCAAGAAGACAUACACCCUGAAUCAGCUUCUCAACUGGAACACUGAGAUCGCUGAAAGCCCCAGCCCCUUUGCUCUGGUUAUUCUUCUGGCGUCCAUCUUCGGGCGCUGCACGCGAUACGUUUAUGCCAAUCGGCACAUAGACGAGAUUCCGCCGUGGGACACCGAGUCAGAGUACACUGCGAUCAAUUCAUCUUUGCUGUUGUUCGAGUCCUAUGCGAAAUCGGGAGAUGCAUCAGUGGUUGAUAUGGCACGGCAGAGUGCUAAAGCGACGGGGACACCGAAUCAUCAAGAACUAGGACACCAGACUUUCGCGCAUACCCUAUUCCAUCUGUGCCAAUGUUUGCUGAAUCACCCCUUUCCCUUUGGCUCCAAGGCUCCUCAUAGCUUUGUCACCCGCGCCCUGCAGAAUGGAAUAGAUCAUGCCACACAGCUUGUGCGUCUCCUCCGGGAUGUAUCCGAGGCGGGCGGACUCGUCGAGUCUUCAUUCUAUGCGUACUCCCAUCAGAAGCUUCCUUGUCGGUCUUCGGAUAUGCUGGAGUGCUUUCAGCAUGCUCUUGAUAUACUUGAUCGAUUAGCCCAAGUCUGGACCCAUGCCGCUAACAUGGCCAUCCGCCUGCGUGAUUUUCACGCCCAGCGCCGCGGGACAAGUAGCGUGCUCGACGAAAGCACCCCACCGAGCGAUCUGGAUCCUAGAUCCGACGAGGCCUUGUGGGCCAUGCUCGACUAUUCCAUUCUCGGCAGCAAUCUGCCCAAGACAUCUAGUGAAUCCGGCUCGGAUUACCGCGGUAAUCUCUCGCCCACACCCUGGGCUCUGGGGUCGAACAUGCCGAUCUCGACAUCAUCUUCGAGGAUCGACCUGGGCGACGACGAUUUGUUUCGGGGUCUUUCUCCGGCUCUGCGGCUUAAUGAAGUUGAAUUUCUCUUGAAUUGUAGUACGCCGAGGACGGGGUGCAUUUGAGCAGGAUUCCUCGGUGUAUCGGAUCGCUCCGAUUCCGGCCGGACCGGGUUGCUUUUCCCGGGUCGCUGAGAUCCUUAGGCAGCCAUUCCUGGUGGACAUAAGGGAUCCAUACACCAGAUUCCUGGG